UGAAGCAUUUAUUCCACUGGGAUAGAGGCGGCUGGAGCGGCGCUGGCACCGGCGAGCCAUGGCUGGGAUUGUCUAUUUCACCCUCUUCUCGCUCCUCUGGGGGCUCUGCGGCGCUGUCACCGGCUCUCGGGUGUAUCCGGCCAAUGAAGUUACCCUAUUGGAUUCCAGAUCAGUUCAGGGGGAACUUGGGUGGAUAGCAAGUCCUUUGGAAGGAGGGUGGGAGGAAGUAAGCAUUAUGGAUGAGAAAAACACUCCGAUCCGCACCUAUCAAGUCUGCAAUGUGAUGGAGCCAAGUCAGAACAACUGGUUACGAACUGACUGGAUUCCCCGCGAGGGGGCUCAGAGAGUAUAUAUUGAAAUUAAAUUCACAUUGAGAGACUGCAACAGUCUGCCAGGUGUCAUGGGAACUUGCAAAGAAACUUUUAACCUUUACUACUAUGAAUCAAACAAUGAUAAGGAGCGUUAUAUCCGGGAGAGCCAGUUUGCCAAGAUCGACACCAUUGCUGCUGAUGAGAGCUUCACUCAGGUGGACAUCGGUGACAGGAUCAUGAAGCUGAACACAGAGAUACGUGAUGUGGGCCCGUUGAGCAAGAAGGGGUUUUAUCUGGCUUUUCAGGAUGUAGGUGCCUGCAUCGCCUUGGUGUCUGUUCGUGUUUUCUACAAGAAGUGCCCAUUGACGGUACGCAACCUGGCUCAGUUUCCAGACACCAUCACUGGGGCUGAUACGUCCUCUCUAGUGGAAGUUCGUGGCUCCUGUGUGAACAACUCAGAAGAGAAGGAUGUGCCAAAAAUGUACUGUGGGGCAGAUGGCGAAUGGCUGGUACCCAUUGGCAACUGUCUGUGCAAUGCUGGCUAUGAUGAGCACAAUGGAGAAUGCCAAGCUUGCAAAAUCGGAUACUACAAGGCUCUCUCCACAGAUGUUUCCUGUGCCAAAUGCCCAUCCCACAGCUACUCCAUCUGGGAAGGCUCUACCUCCUGCACUUGUGAUCGGGGCUUUUUCCGAGCUGAAAAUGAUGCUGCCUCCAUGCCCUGCACUCGCCCUCCGUCCGCUCCCCUGAACCUGAUUUCCAAUGUCAAUGAGACAUCCGUGAACUUGGAGUGGAGCGCCCCUCAGAACAGUGGCGGGCGUGACGACAUCUCCUACAACGUGGUGUGCAAGAGAUGUGGGGCUGGCGACCUCAACCGCUGUCGGUCAUGUGGCAGCGGCGUGCACUUCAGCCCCCAGCAGAACGGCUUGAAAACCACCAAGGUCUCUAUUACUGACCUUCUGGCCCACGCUAACUACACCUUUGAAAUCUGGGCAGUGAACGGGGUUUCCAAGCAAAACCCCAGCCAGGAGCAAGCUGUCUCAGUCACUGUGACGACCAACCAAGCAGCUCCGUCUCCAAUUGCUUUGAUCCAGGCUAAAGAAAUAACAAGGCACAGCGUUGCAUUGGCCUGGCUGGAACCUGACAGGCCUAAUGGAGUCAUCUUGGAAUAUGAAGUCAAAUAUUAUGAGAAGGACCAAAAUGAGCGCAGCUAUCGCAUUGUGAAGACAGCUGCCAGGAACACAGAUAUCAAAGGCCUGAACCCUUUGACUUCAUACGUGUUUCAUGUGCGAGCCAGGACAGCAGCGGGAUAUGGGGACUUCAGUGGGCCAUUUGAGUUCACAACUAACACAGUUCCUUCCCCCAUCAUUGGUGAUGGUACCAAUCCCACAGUGCUUCUUGUCUCAGUGGCUGGCAGUGUUGUUCUCGUGGUCAUUCUCAUUGCUGCUUUUGUCAUCAGCAGGAGACGCAGUAAAUACAGUAAGGCCAAGCAAGAGGCAGAUGAGGAGAAACAUUUGAAUCAAGGUGUGAGAACAUAUGUAGAUCCUUUUACAUAUGAGGAUCCAAACCAAGCUGUGCGGGAAUUUGCCAAAGAAAUCGAUGCCUCCUGUAUAAAGAUUGAAAAAGUCAUAGGUGUGGGUGAAUUUGGUGAAGUGUGCAGUGGACGUCUCAAAGUACCAGGAAAGAGAGAGAUCUGUGUUGCUAUCAAGACUCUGAAAGCUGGGUACACUGACAAACAGAGGAGGGACUUUUUAAGUGAAGCCAGCAUCAUGGGACAAUUUGACCAUCCCAACAUCAUCCAUUUGGAAGGCGUAGUUACCAAAUGUAAACCGGUAAUGAUCAUAACUGAGUACAUGGAGAAUGGUUCCUUGGAUGCCUUCCUCAGGAAAAAUGAUGGCAGAUUUACAGUAAUCCAGUUGGUGGGAAUGCUUCGUGGCAUUGGCUCUGGAAUGAAGUAUCUGUCUGAUAUGAGCUAUGUGCAUCGGGAUCUAGCUGCCCGAAAUAUAUUAGUCAACAGCAACUUGGUCUGCAAGGUGUCUGACUUUGGCAUGUCCCGUGUCCUGGAAGAUGAUCCUGAAGCAGCCUAUACUACUAGGGGUGGCAAAAUUCCUAUCAGGUGGACUGCACCAGAAGCAAUUGCCUAUCGUAAAUUUACAUCAGCUAGUGAUGUGUGGAGCUAUGGCAUUGUAAUGUGGGAAGUGAUGUCAUAUGGAGAGAGACCUUACUGGGAUAUGUCCAAUCAAGAUGUUAUUAAAGCCAUUGAGGAAGGGUAUCGCCUGCCACCCCCAAUGGACUGCCCCAUCGCUCUCCAUCAGCUGAUGCUGGACUGCUGGCAGAAGGAACGCAGCGACAGGCCUAAAUUCGGACAGAUUGUCAACAUGCUGGACAAACUCAUCCGCAACCCGAACAGCUUGAAGAGGACAGGCACCGAGAACUCCAGACCAAACACUGCCCUGUUGGAUCCAAGUUCUCCGGAAUUCUCAGCCGUCGUUUCUGUUGGAGAUUGGCUUCAGGCCAUUAAAAUGGAUCGAUAUAAGGAUAACUUCACAGCUGCUGGCUAUACAACCCUAGAGGCUGUGGUACAUAUGAACCAGGAUGAUCUGACGAGAAUUGGGAUUACCACCGUUGCGCACCAGAACAAGAUUUUGAGCAGCGUCCAGGCAAUGCGGACCCAAAUGCAACAGAUGCACGGCAGAAUGGUUCCCGUCUGAGCCAGUACUGAAUAAACUCAAACUCUUGAAAUUAGUUUACCUCAUCCAUGCACUUUAAUUGAAGAACUGCACUUUUUUUACUUCGUCUCCCUGCCCUUUGAAAUAAAGACCUGCAGCAUUGCUUGCUGUACAGAUUGCUGAAACCGUGGGGAGGGGGUCCUACCAAAAUGACACGCCGUCAUUUUAAACCAGACCUGGAACAAAUUGUUUCUUGGAAUAUAUUUCUGUUGAUCAACGAUAUGUAAAAUACAUGUAUCUAUAUAAAUAUAACAUCACAUUCAAGUUUU